AUGAAAAGAGCAUAUGAUGUUGAGAUAGAUGUUUAUUCACCAUUACAAUUACAAUUACAAUUACAAUCACAAUUACAAUUACCAACAUUCAAGAAAUUCAAGUCGAUAAUUAAAAAACCACCAUGCUCAUAUAUUGAAUCAUCAUCUCAAAUUGAAAUACCACAUAAUUUAUUAGAGUGUCUUAACCAAAAUAUGAAUAAUGACACAAAUUUUAAAGCGUUAUUGUUUUUGGGAGUUAUAGGAAAAGAAUAUAUUCAAGAUAUUCAAUCAGAAUUUGAUUAUAGUAUUAAUAUAUACUAUAUUACAGCAAAUAAUGAUUAUGAUGGAACCAAUGAAGUUUGUAAGAUGUUAUCUAAUUAUUUCGAAAUAUUAGAUCCUAUAGGUGGUGGUAUAUAUCCUUUAGAUUAUUUGGUGAUUAUCCAUAAUAAUAAAAUCAUUUGUAAAAUUCCAGUAAAUUAUCAAAAACAUAUAAGUUCCAAUUUUUUACAUUUCAAUUUUUUACAUUUCAAUUGUAUUAAAUCUUUUAUUCAAGAUUAUAUAGAUUAUAUUUAUUUAUGA